AUGGCUAGCGACGAAGACGACAGUACAUGGUUAAUCGAGUUGGAAUCUGCCCUAUUGGAUGGUUGUUCAGCCCAAGAAAUAAAUUUGCUCACUAAAGGCAAGAAGAUACCUGAAAGUUUACGCCCAGACGUGUGGCUUCUUUGUUUAAACUGCCAAGAAGCAGGCAAUCAACUACUUUCCUUUGAUGAAAUAUUUGAUCUUACUAAUCAAAAUGAACUCAGGGAUGAUGUGAAAAAGUUUGUGAAAAGACUUGGCAAUGAUGAUGAUGAUAAACUAUCAGUAAUAUCUGAUAUCGAAUCAAUAAUAACUUUUUAUUGUAAGUCUAAAUCUAUCAACUACAGUGCCAACAAUGGCUGGAUUGAAAUCUUGUUACCUUUAUUGAGUUUAAAAUUACCCAGAUCUGAUACAUACAAUUUGUUUGAAAAAGUUUUAAAACUAUAUAUUCCCCAAGGCUGUGUGAAAAAUGGAGUACCAUUUCAUAUACUACGGUUAAUCUUACAGUAUCAUGAUCCAGAACUUUGUUCAUUUUUAGAUACAAAACGAAUAACUCCAGAACAAUAUUGUAUGUCAUGGUUAAGAUCACUUUUUUCUGGUACAUGUAAUUUGGAGGUAGUGCUUUUUAUGUGGGAUUUGUAUUUCCAAAGGUCUGAUCCUUUCUUCAUAUUCUUCCUAUGCUUGAUAAUGGUUAUUAAUGCUAGAGAACAACUAUUGCAAAUGAAAAAUGAAGAUAAGGAUGCAAUAAUUCAAACUUUAAUUCAGAUGCCUUCAGACCUAGAAGCCAAUGAUGUUUCUGAUUUUUGUUCACUUGCACAUUAUUACUCCUUAAAAACUCCUCUGUCGUUCCGGGAGGAUGUAUUAGAAGUAUUGUUCUCAGAUAGUGGAGUAGAAAUAAACUCUAAGCUUUAUUCCCAAGCACUAUGUCUUCCUGUAGCUGUACAUGAGCUGAUUGAAAGUGCAACUCUAGAUUCUGGUAACAGUGACAGUGUGAAAUUCUUUUUGGUAGACUGUCGCCCAGCUGAGCAAUAUAAUGCUGGCCACCUGUCAACAGCAUUCCAUCUUGAUUGUAAUUUGAUGUUACAAGAACCUUCAGCAUUUAAUACAGCAGUCCAAGGAUUAUUGAAUGCACAACGCCAAGCACUAGCCGCUGGCUCUCUGGCUGCUGGAGAACACCUUUGUUUUGUAGGUUCAGGUAGGACUGAAGAGGAUAGUUAUGCACAUAUGGUGGUAGCAUCCUUCUUAAAAAGAAAUACUAAACAUGUCUCCAUGUUAGAUGGAGGUUUUGUUGCUAUCCAUGACUACUUUGGCCCACAUAUGACUGACUGUUUGGAAGAACACAACCCAUCUACUUGUUUAGUAUGUGCACCUAAUAAUAAUAAUGAGGGUGUAGAAACACACCAAACCAAGGUAAAGGAUAAUAUUCCAGCUAAACAGUUGUUUAGCAAAUUAUCUUCAGCAAUGAAAGCCAAGAGCCAAGAGGUCAGAGGAAAGUUGAUUGAGUAUAUUGUAAAUCCAAACUCAACAUACAAUAAUGGAGAGUGGCAUGUUUCUGCUGGAGAUAGGAAAGAGCAAAGGUACAGAAAUGUGCCUCCAGUGUUUAGCAUAAAUGACGAAGACGAUGAUUCAAGGUCAGACAGUCUGAGGCGAGAUUAUACAGAUUCAGAUUCGUUAGAAGAAAUUGUCGAGUUACAAUCUUACGUAAAGGAACAUAAUGUAGUAGAUAGUUUCCCGUGUCAAGAGGUUUUGCUUAAUGGCUACAUGCAUGAUUCUUAUUUGGUAGUGUCUGAAACACAUCUGAUUGUUCUACGAGACAUACCUAAUAAAAAAGGAGCCGCGAAAAUUAUGUCUCGAAGGCCAUUGUCAACUAUCGUUAAAAUAACUGCAAAAAAGAGACAUCCAGAGUUAAUUACCUUCAAGUAUGGAGUACCAGAUGGUGAUAAUCUUUUAAUAAAAGAUAUGGAUCGCUUCCUCAUCCCAAAUGCUUCUAUAGCUACGAAAGUAGUUUCAAACCAAAUUGUUCAACAACUAGACACGAAAGUUUGA